AUGGAUAAUAGCAGCCUAGGAUUCCUUGAAGAUGCUAACUCCUCCCUACAGAUUGGACUUCAGUCAUGCACUUUCUUCAGGAACCAGGUCUCCCGUAUCUUCCUUUAUGCCUCACUGUCAGUUGGCAUCUUCUGUACAGUGGUUGGCAACUUCCUGGUUGUUAUGUCAAUCGGCUACUUCAAGCAGCUGCAGUCCCCGACAAACUCCUUUGUCAUGUCCCUUGCAGUAGCCGAUUGUCUUGUUGGCCUGGUAGUGAUGCCUUACAGUAUGAUCCGUACUGUGGAGGGAUGCUGGUAUUUCGGUACCCUCUUCUGUAAGCUUCAUUCUAGCCUUGAUGUCAUGCUUUGCACUGCCUCCAUAUUCCAUCUCAGCUGCAUAGCCUUUGACCGUUAUUACGCAGUCUGCAACCCACUUGUUUACUCCCUCAAGAUGUCCCAACAUCGUGUAGCUCUUCUCAUUGCCAUUUGUUGGGCUGUUCCAAUGCUAAUUUCCUUCGGCCCCAUUAUGCUAGAUCUUCACAUUACUGGGGUAGACGUGUCAAUUCCUGAAGAUGCAUGUGUAUUCCUUGUCAGUCGCUUAUAUGCUGUCAUGGCUUCCUUGGUUGCUUUUUACCUGCCAAUGGCUAUCAUGCUAGUGGCAUACUGGAAGAUCUUCAAAGCAGCGAAACGGCAGGCCAAGCAGAUCAGCGCCAUGGAAAGCCAGAUGGCCGCUGGAGUGGGCAAAGACUCAAGCAAGAAAAAGAAACACCGUAAUACCAUGAAGAGAGAAAGAAAAGCAGCAAAAACUUUAGGCAUCAUCAUGGGAGUUUUCCUCAUCUUCUGGAUGCCUUUCUUUACAGUCAACAUUGUGGACCCUUUUAUCGAGUACAGCACAGAGGUUGAGCGUCGCAAGCUGCAGAGCUUUCCUGGACAGAUUCUGGCUGCUCCCUACCGCAACACCUGCAGGACCUCUUCCGGAACCCUUCUUAAGGAUUUGCAGGAGUGGCCAAUCUUCAACAGAUUGUGUUUUUCCCCCAUGUGGUUAUCCGGUCACCUCUAA